AUGGAUGAUAGUCCUGAUCCAGACAAUUUGUCUAUUGAGACUACUCACUCACAAGAGUUUAGUAACCCCCGCGAGCUUACGAAGUCCACUGAAGCCAUGGCGGCUGGUGACGGUACUACUGUUCACCUUGGCCCCGCCAUCCCGGACCAAGAGCAUACCGAAGCUACAAAGGAAGAAUCUUCUAAUCUGCAGCCAGCUUUCACGCAGGGUCAACCAUCUGAAAGGCCUAGGGCUCGUGUUCGUUUCCUUACCCCGGCUGAGCUUGAUAAGUUGAAGGUUGCAUCUGGAACUGAGCGUCAUGUGAGCCUCCCGACUCUGUCUGACGAGGUUCCAAUCACUUCAUCGUUAAGACAUUACGCUAACAGUACUUUGAAGCCCGAUGGGUCUUACAGAAAUAUUUCAGAAGUUCUAGCUGAGGCUGACCUUGGAGGAACACUUCCCGGAGCACCUGGACCUUCCGCGUUUACUAAAGAUUCGGAGAGCACUGCUGACACCUCGGAUGUGAACGAUAGUGCAGUCUCGGAGAAAGCGCCCAAGAUUGGAUUCAAGCAUGAUCCAGAUGAGGAAAAGGCUCUUGCGAAUGUGGAACUGGACGUUGGUACUUCGAAUAAGAAGAAGAAGAACAAGAGACGCCCCAAGAGUCAGAGGGGGGAGAACGCGCCCUCUGGAUUUGAACCCUUCUAUGCCGAUGCACCAAUUACUCCAGCGGAGUUCGAGGAGAACAAAAAGAUCUAUGAUCCUGCUUUGCCAAUUCUAGAUCGAAUCGACGAGGGCAUCAAGCGCUUCUUGUACAAGCGGCGCCUUGAGCCCUACAGACGCAAGGUUUUUCUCAAGUACCUGCAGUACGGUGGUGUCAGCGUGGGCCCCAAUCAUUCUCAGGGAGUGACUCCUUCUGAAUUAAAGGAGAUGACCAAAGAAGAGGCAAUGCAAGCUCGCUGCACCACGGCCAUCUUUCCCAAGAGGGGAAAGCCAUACCCAAUUUCGUUUAACGAUGUUGCCACUGGCUACCUGACUGCCUACUACAUGAGCUACUACAACCCUGACACUGAGGAAGAGAUCAAAAUCUGCACUGAUACAAUGAAGAAUUUCUUCACUUACUUGCUCUAUCAUGACGUUUGCCCCGAGCAGAAGGAGGAUCUCGAGGAGGCUCGACGGACUUGCGAUCGGGCUGCCAAGGAGUUAUGGAUGAACCAUCAAAUUGUCCAUCAUUCAGGCCCCGGAGACUUCAAUCGCGGCUGCUCCAUGUUGUUUGGCGGUUACUACUUCGACGAUGUGGAUAAUCCCGAUGUUUGGAUCAACGUUCGACAUGCUGAUCAAAAGGCAUUUACCUCUGAAAUGGCUCGCAAAGUCGUCAAAUAUGGCAUCGCAAUUGCCGGGAAUGAACUGACUGCUCGCAAAUUUAAGAUUCUCGCCGACAUGGACCUGAUCCAGGCCAAGCAGGUUGAAGACAUCGAUGGCUUCGAGAUCAUCUCCAUGGAAGAACCUACCGAGGAAACCAUCGCGUAUUACAGGGAGCUGGGCCCCGAUCUAAUCCCAGUGGGCAAGGUUCGAGCCAAAGAAUUCCGUGAUCCCGCCAGAGGUAAAUUUGACCUCGCUCCCUGGGAGAAGGUCGACUGGGAUGCUGGUCUUGCUCCAUCUUACGAGUUCGAAUUCCUCCUCGAAGCCGAUUUCUUCGUUCAUAUGUUGCCCGGUAUGAAAAUCAUCACGAACGUCUACUCGACCGGCUUCGGGCAGUACUUCUUUGAUGAAAUCAUGUCGGUCCUGCCAACUUUUUACAAAUUCAUGCACAAUGACUGGAUGCUGGACUAUGUGGAGCCCGAACCCAUCAAGUUCAUACCCGACCCGGAGGAAGCUGCACGCCGCCGUGCAAGGGAUUCUAUCAUUGAGCCCCCAGAGCCCACCCCUGCCGAGUGGGCUAUGCACACGAUUGCAAACGAUCUCGAAUUUAGAGUCUCGGCGGACGAUCACCCCUUGCGAGGCGUUUGGGAAAUAAUCCAUUGCCUUGAGGCCUUCGGCUGGGAUAUGGAGGAAAUCAAAACAUUGUUGGACUUGCCCAAGGAUCCAUGUCCGGAGAGAGGCGAGCCACUUAUGAGACAGGGAGAGCCGCGCCCCGUCCGCCUUAGCAAUGAACCCCGCAACGAGCCGAUUGAGAACCGCUUGCAGCGCGCUAAUCGGAUGGCCGAUUAUUUCGUGAAUCCGGAAAGAAUUAAGCCCGUUCUCCCACAGGAGGUCAUCGAGUGGGCUCUCAAGAAAAGAAUGGAGAAGAUAGAAAUUGCCAAGGUCGAGAAUCUGAAGGCUCUCGAGGAGUCGAAGAAGAGGGCGGAAAUGGAAUUGGCCAAGCGAGCAGCGCAGGCUGCGAAGGAGCAGGAGUUUGAGGAACAGCCCAUUCCAGGACCAGCUGACAUUGCAGCAACAGAGAUUUCAGGCGAGCAGGAGAUUGCGAAGGAGGAGGAAGCUGAGGGAGAGCCCAGUCGGGGACAAACCGACGGCCAGGCAACCCAGAUUCCGGGUGAGGAAAUUUCGAAGACCCAGGAGCUCGAGGGAGAUCCCAGUGAGGGUCCAACCGAGACAUUGAAGGAGGAUAUUGAGAAGAACGGGGACAGUGACUGA